CUGGAGCUUACCCAGAAUCCUGAAGUGCAAAAACACUAUUUGUUGUAUUCUUUAUUAUCUACAUUUUAACUAUGGUGGGCAACAUUCUUAUUAUCAUAACUGUCAUCAGAAGCAAGAGCUUGAGGUCCCCUAUGUACUUAUUUCUUGCCUUCUUGUCUGUUAUAGAUGCACUCUAUUCCACUGUCGUUGUCCCUAAAAUGACCCUAGACAUUCUUCAUGAAAAGGCGACCAAUUCUUUCCAAGCUUGCAUGGUUCAGCUCUUCUUGGAACACCUAUUUGGUGGGGCUGAAGUUUUCCUCCUCAUUUUUAUGGCCUAUCAUUGCUAUAUAGCCAUCUGUAAACCCUUGUAUUACUUAGUCAUUAUGAAGUGGCAUUUGUGUGUUCUGCUUUUGGUGGCAUCCUGGAUUGGAGGUUUCAUGCAUUCAUUAGUUCAGCUCCUUUUUAUUGUUAGUCUCCUAUUUUGUGGACCCAAUGUAAUUGAUAACCUCUUCUGUGACAUGUACCCUUUAUUGGAACUUUCCUGUACUGAUACCUAUAUGGUUGGGAUCUUGGUGGUUGCCAAUGGGAGAGUAAUAUCCACAAUUAUCUUUUUGCUUUUGCUUAUCUCCUAUGGAGUCAUUCUACACUCUUCAAAAACUCAAACUCUUGAAGGUCGACAAAAAACCCUUUCUACUUGUAUCUCCCACAUCACAGUGGUUGUCUUCUUCUUUGUCCACCCCCCCAUCAUUGUUAGAUUCCAAAAGACAGAAUCAAUCAAUUAA